UCGUGUCCUCCUCAUCGUCACGCGCUCGUAACUACGACGAAUGGUGGCUGUGGCUGCCCGAGCGGCGGGCCUGAACGCCAACACAGGCGCAGCAGGAUCAUCAAGAGCAAAAUGGUCAGCUUCACGAUCGACGUCACGCUCGCUGAUGACCGCCCUGGUCCUGUUGGCUGCGACAGCGAUAGCGACCGCAUUUCACCUCACGCGCAAUACCCGCCUACCGUCUCGCCAUCCCUUGCCCUACUAUCUCCCUCCUCACCAUGAGCAGCACAUCCGUACCGUGCCGCUCAAUCGCACUCUGGGCUUCGAGAAGAUCUACGUCCUCUCCCUCCCUCAUCGGGAUGAUCGACACGACGAGUUCUCUCUGCUUUCCUCGGCGUACGGCCGUCGCGGGGCGUUGCGACUGCUCUACCUUGCUACGCGACACGUAGAGGACGCGGUGGAUUGGCAGACGAUCCGCGCGAGUAGGGAGGGGUGGAUCGACUCGUAUACCGUUUACCCGCCUUUAUUCGAUCAGUUCAAGAUGGUGAACAGCAGUUGGAACUCGGAUAUCAAUGCGGAGCAUGGGAAGAACGUCGAGCGGAGAGGCCGUAGGUGGAGCCCAGGGAGGGGUAGGGCGAGACAUAUCAGACGGAGUGCUAGGAGGGAGCAAGGGGGUCGACAUGCGGGUGAGAAUGAUGUUGAUAGUGGGGUGGGGGCGAAGGGGGAGGGUAUGCAUUGACAUGACGAGAGCGGGACGACACAAGACGGGACGAAGGGUAUGGGGGCCAGGACAGCGAGGAUAUGACGUGAUGUGACGGGACGUGAUGUAGCAUAGCAUAGCGUAGCAUAGCGUAGCAUAGCGACCCUAUCGGCGUGGCGCACGUUGCACGACAGGUCACAACGCAACGUACGCUUGAGAUAAGCUCAGUCUCGUCGCACGAUAAAGUAUGACAUGACGCAAUGAGCAGCCCCCGAGCAGAAAUGGCAGCAA